AUGGCAACAACACAAGAAACAUCAGUCGUAAUCGUCGGAGGUAGCCUCGUCGGCCUCUCAACAGCCCUCUUCCUCUCCCAUCUCAACAUCCCCACUAUUCUCAUUGAGCGUCAUCGCGGUAGCUCUCUCCACCCUCGCGCAAUUGGCUACACAGCCCGAACAAUUGAACUUUUCCGUACCGUUGGCGUUGAGUCAAAACUCAAAGGUAUCCAAUGGUCCGGCGGUCCUCCUCGUCGUAUCGUUGUUGAGAGUCUCGCUGGAAAGUGGGCGAAAGAGCAAGGAUGGACGCAAAAGCCUAAAGGAGGACCGCCUGUUUCAUUUGCGGAGUACUCGCCUACUGAAGGUGUUGCUAUCGCCCAGGACGUCAUUGAGCCUGUUUUGAGAGAUCGCGCGAGGGAGCUUGGCGCGGAUCUGAGACUGGGCUUUACCGUUACGGGGUGGAGCCAGAAUGAUAAUGGUGUCACAGUCGAUGCUACUGGAAGUGACGGUGACGACAUUCGUAUUAAAGCUCGAUACAUGGUCGCAUGCGAUGGCAACCGAAGCUGUAUUCGAGAAAGUCUCGGCAUUCAACGUCAUGGCGUUGGUCUCCUUCGCAAGCUCCAGAGCAUCAUGUUCAGAUGCGAGCCCCUUCAACAUUUUCUCAACCACGGUUACAGCCAAUUCCAGAUCGAAGGUCGUGAGGAUGGUUUCGAGGCUUUCAUGACGACUUAUGGUGGCGGGCGAUGGAUGCUAGCUUGGAACCAAGAGGUCGACGACCCUGAAGCUGUUCUUGAUGAAGCGACCCAGCAUGGCAUGAUCCGCAAAGCUUCUGGUGUACAGGAUCUGCGCGAUAGGGAUAUUGAACUCAUUACCACGGGGAAAUGGGAUAUCGGAGGUCUUAUUGCGGACAAAUUCUCCUCUGGUCGUGUCUUUCUUGCCGGCGAUGCAGCUCAUGCUCUGCCUCCGAACCGUGGUGGUUACGGCGCAAACACCGGUAUUGCCGACGCGCACAAUCUUGCCUGGAAGCUCGCAUCAGUUCUACGUGGAGAAUCCUUACCAGAGCUUCUUGAUACAUAUGAUAUUGAAAGACGACCUGUUGCGGAUGUCCGACAUGAUCAGAUCUUUGCGAGAGAAGAUUACAAACGAUACGUGGUAGGCAAGGAGUGGCCUGGAAAGAAUGUUGAAAUUAUGGACGAUGUCGCGAUGGAGUUUGGCUAUUUCUACAACUCAAAGAGUAUCAUCGGUGGUCCAGAUGGAUCUGUCCCUGUGAAGAGGCCAGAUGAGUGGAACGGCCAGCCAGGCACAAGAGCACCUCAUGUCGCUCUUCAGGGAGAACAUACUUCAACUCUAGACUUCUUCGGGACAUCCUGGGUCGUUAUAUCAAAGGAUGAGAGCUGGUCGCUGCUUGUCGCAGAGGUAGAAAAAGGGACAGACGUAAAGAUCGCGUUUGUGCACAUGGGAGGCGAUGUUGCCGAGAAGAAUGAUGGGAGCUUCAACAAGCUGUUUGGGUUGGAGGAUACCGGCGCUUCGUUGGUUCGACCAGAUGGCUUUGUUGCUUGGAGAGCGAAGGAAUGGCCGGCUGAAGCACAGAAGGAGUUGACGCAGGCGUUGGUUCAGGUUAUGUUGCCGCCAAAGCAUACGAAUGAGCUGUAG